CUAGAUCUGUGCCUGGGCGCAUAUACAUGUUUUGAAGAUAUUAUGGGAAGCAGGACACCUUAGCACUCAAAAAGGGACUUACCACAAAAAUCGUUGAUAAGUUUAAGUGUUCAGUAGUCUCAAUGGCGACAGCUGUCAAAACAUGAAUUGACAGACUUAAAUCGAUGUACUGCUUUUGUGGGAAUUUAACUCACAACAUCGCAGAGAUGAGUGAAUAAUACUUUUUUAUACGUUAUCUACACGUAACUGCUUGAAAGAAUUACUCCAGCAGUCUCUGUAGCCUACGAGAGCAGACGCCUUGUUUGCCUCUAAUAAAAUACUCUAUUUGUUGGUUAAUUGUUAACAAAUCCCAGCCCAACCUUCAUUCAGGGGACACUUCUAUUCAAGGGACACUUUCCUUGGUCCAGAGGGUGUCUUCUUAGAUGAAUCACAUUUCUUGCAGCCAUGUUUGAAAAAGCAUUGUUCACAUUGUUUGUCCACUUCAAACACAUUUCAUCCCUUUUUGCAUUUUCAUGGCUCUCUUUUUUAUUCCAUACUAUUUAAAAACGUGUAUUCCUGUAAAACAGAUAUUCAACCAAAGAAACAACAACACAAAGAAUAUAAUAUUAUGUACAGAGUGAAGUAAGUUUCAGGUUCACCAUAUUGUGUACCAGUAUAUGUAAGUUUUGAAUUGUCAAGAAAAAUAAAUUACUCCUGGCGCCACAUCUACUUACAAUUUCUGGUAUAUUUUCAUGUUUUACACUAAUAAUUAUGCAAAGACAUCAAUCUCUCUUUACAAAACGGCGAGCAACAGUUUAUGACAGUUUAUGGUACAGAACAAUCUUUGGAGAUUAUAAGUAAACGAGAAAUCUACCAAAUUGUGCCGAGUACAAAACACUACUUUAAAACACAAGUUGUAGCCAAGUGGUUUAAUUUGCACUUUAAUAAAAACUUUUAAGAACUGCCAAGGUUUUCAAGUAAGUGUUUAUAAUUUUUUUUUGGCGAAGACAAUUUCAAGUAAAAAUUGCUUUUUUAAUAUAAUACUAGUUACUUAUUCUGCAACUAUGCGUUUAGCAUUUACAGUUGAAACACUUACAUGUAUUCAUUUCAAAACAAUGCUUUAGGUGCAACGACAUUCAGUGGGAAUGCCAUUGUGAAGCUGUUCACGCGCUAGAGUUUUUUGCUAAAUGCUUAUAGCAAAUUUUACAUUUCAAGGAAGAAGAAAAAUGUCUGCCUUUUUAUUUAGACCGACCAAGGUAACGUUAGAGUCACCAAGUGGCGCACUACAACCCGCCCCCCCCCCACCCCCCAUAAUGCACAGAUCUCUUGUCCCUAUGAGUUUAAAAGAGAUGCUUGUGAUCAAAACAAGACAUAAGCUCUUCAAAAUGGAGAUUUGGUGUUUUUUGCAAAAAGUCAAGUGAAAUAAAUACGAUGGACCUGACGACCACAUGACGGCCAGACUCUACGCGCAUGAUGGCGUCCCUUUCUGAGACCUGGAUGCGGUACUCUGUUGCUUCAGGUUCUCCUUCGAUUGGGUUGUAUCUCAGUAACGUGUGAUCAUGUUUUGUGUACGAUGUGGGUUCAACUAAAGCCUUGAUCAAGAUGCACCAGUUUUCCCCACUUGACCAGAUAUGCUCGGAGUAGCAGCUGUUGGAAGCGUAAGCAAUGCUUGGGGAGAGAAAUAUGGCUUUAGCCCAAUCUUCGAAACCAAAGUGCUUCACUCCAAGCCUUAUGUGACCGUUGGGUGGUUUAAUUGUGAGGCCAUUUUGGAGCUUUGUUCCACUUGGAAGAAGUCCAUAGCGUAGGAUAGAUUCUAUAUUACUGGAUUUUGUGCCAUGCCAGAGUGUGACCCAAUUGGAGGUUAUAAAAUCCAAACUAUUUCUUGUCCUGACGUCAAGUGUAUCUUCAUGGCGUAGAAUUUCUUUUCCAAUCAGUUUGCCUCUGCGUUUAACCAGACGGACACUUCGCACCAGCUCCUCUUCGAUCAGAAAAGUUAUGAUCUGUGAAAUUCGAUCACUCCUGUACCAUUGAAUGACUUGCUUUAUUUGUUCAGAACUGGCCUCGUUGGUCGGUUCACUCCCCCAUCUGUUUAUCGUCGCUGGAUGUGCACCAUAUUCCAGCAGAAGUCCAACAAUGCCACGCUGACCGUAGUAGGCAGCGACAUGCAGAGCUGUACUAUCGUCUACCUGCAUCUCGUUCACUUGAACGCCCAUCUUUAGCAGAGCCUCAGUUGUAUCAUAAUAGCCGGAGCGAGCAGACAGAUACAGUAGAGUAUGCUUGGUUCAUCGAUGCUUGUAAGCAAACCCUUAUUUUUCCGUACCUGGGCGAGUAGUCUUGAUGUAGCUCCAAUAGCUGCAAGCACGAUAACGUCAUUUAAGUUCCUCUCUGUGAUUUCAUAGGUGCCCCAAUGAGUCCUUUUGUAUCGCUGAUCCUUUGACGCGAGAAUAAUGUACGCCAAAGAAGCCAUAGCUCGUAUCUGUCUUGAGCUGUGAUUAGCACUUCUUCGGAACGAUUCUUUGAUUUCAUGAAAAGGUGCGUUUGCAGAAAUUUGGAGCACUUCAUACGGUCGAACAAAUCGCGGAACUUGCACUGUUUCUCCACUUGGGGCAUGAUAUUGAAGUGCAUCAUAUUCAUCUACUCUUAAACGGCUAAACCUUGGGUGCCACAUUUUUCGGUGUUUUUUUAACCAGCUUUGAAACGCGGAAGUUUGCAAGGGAUCUUCGCUUCGGAUUAUGGGAGGUUUCACCUUCCUUGUGACCUUUUUUUAAAGUACGUGCGCCGAAGUUUGAGUUGUGUAAUAAACAAAAUAUAUUUAAGUCACCAGGAAGCUCGUCGGGACUUUUGCAGUUCUCGAGAUCCUAUAAAUAUCUAUCUAAUACUUGCUGUACGAGAAAAAAAAAAUGCUCAUCAUACAUUUGGUUACUGGCAAAUAAGCUCAGUUUAAAUGUGACUUAAACAGAAUAUAUGUUCUUCAAUUCAGCCUGUCUUUGAUUACUGUGAUUCUGUCUGGGCCAUUCAGUAAAAUUAAAAAAAAAAAACAAGAAGAAAAACAGAGCAGUCGCAUAAUUACUUCCCAUGGGUAUGAAACGAGAUCAUCAGAUUCUUUUUCAGGAAUUAAAAAAAAAGUGGUAUAAUUUGGCUACGAGAAGGGAUAGACGGCUUUGCCUUCUUUCGAAAUCAACCCAUGCCUAAUAUAACUGUGAUUUCUCUAAAAAAGGAAAACGACAAACUCAAGGGAAAAGUCGCUUCCUUGAGACAAAAUUGUGAGAACCUUCAACCGUUUAUUAAGCGAAGUAAUAUGCCGUCAACCAGUAACCAGCGGACGCCGAGACCUCGAACAGUCUAGUAUUCUAUACCCUGCUGGGUUCGAGAGGUUAUUUUUUUUCGUAAGCACGGCUUAUUUCAUCCUAAGUAUUUGGAGAACCCUCCUGUGGAGCCAGAGUAAGUAUUCUACGGCAAAUGUUACGAUGAUCUCAACAAGUUUCGAGUGUGGGCUAACUAAAGUCUAAAAAAAUUUUGGUCCCGAUUUGAAAGAGUUGACUGGCCAGAUGGAAGAGAUCGCGAAUUCAGCCGAUCAACUCCACACAGCACUACAAUUUGUUGUAUAUAUUCUAGGUGAUCCAGAAGACGACGACGACAGCUAGACCUUGUUGACUCAGAUUUACAGAUCGAAAACAUUAGAGCCUGCCCGAAUUAAUCUUAAUACUAGGUUUUAUUCUUUUUGACUUGUUUCUUUUUAAUACCAGAGACGGAUAAUUUUUUUUUUCAUGACUUAAUGUAAAUCACUGGAUUGCCUGCUAGAGUUAUUGACACAGUGAUUGUAUUCUUAUGACUUAUAUAAUUCUUAAUGUUGUAUUAUGCUUUUAAAAUCUUACUUCAAAUAUUUCUGUAAAUUAUGUACAUAUUUUCAAAGUUGAAUAAAAUUGUUAGUGUUAAAAAAAAAAUUUUAAAAAAAAUUAUUAUUAUUAUUAUUAUUUUUAAUAAAAUUGUAAAGAAUAUUAUUAUUAGUAGUCGUCGUCGUCGUCGUCGUCGUCGUCGUCGUCGUCGUCGUCGUCGUCGUCGUCGUCGUCGUAGUAGUAGUAGUAGUAGUAGUAGUAGUAGUAUCGAGGACUUUUUUGUAAGGACGCACCGCUUUGUUAAAGUAAUCUUCAUCUAUAUAGAUUUCGGACAGCCUUCUAUUGAUGGACUUUGGGAUGUUUUCCGUGAUUCGAGGUGGAUGUCUAGAUUUCUUAUUGACGUAGAACGGAUUGUUACCCAGUUUGGUGUAGGGCAUGUAUUUACCGUUAGUCAGGUUAAGGGUGAUGUCAAGGAAGUUUACUACUUUCUUGUUGGCCUCGAUAGUAAUCCUCAGACCGUACCUGGCGAAUAUGCUACGCAAUUCCUUCUUUAUGAGCUCAGCUUGCCGGGGGGAUGCCUUGGUUACGCCUAGACCGUCAUCUCUGUACAAGCCAAAGUUGCAUGCAUUACCAAACUUCUCUUUGAUGUUGUGGCGGACAUAAGUGCCGACAAGUUCGCAUGACCCUUCGGCACCAUCGAAGCUGCCCAUGGUCACAUCGAAGAGGUUUGGUGACGUUUUCUUGUUCCAUAGUUCAACAAAAUUGUAGAGAAGAGAGCUUUUUGCCUGAAAGAUCAUAUGCCGUUCGUCGUCGCAAAUGGUGUCAUACUUAGAUGCGAAUUCGAGAGCGGCGCUUAGCAAGGGGUUGGGAUGCUAUUCUGUAUGUAUUGCUUAGAGUAACAUUUUAAAUUAUCAUAACUGUAUCUCGGAGUUAAGGCUCAACACUAUUUUAUAAGCUCUAGUUCUCGGCCUGUUUUUAGAAAAGAAAACCUUAAACUUUUGUUUAAUCCCGGGUUAAACUUACAUGUAACCAUCUCUCGUGGAACUGGGCCCUGACGCAGCUGAGUGGGCUUUAAAGACUUGGUAAAACACGAAAGGCGAGUUCAUCGAAGCCGCAAAAACUUUGAUAGAUAUAUUAAAGCUUUAUAUACAUUUGGAGCCAUGCCAAAAUAUUAAAGGUGGUUGUGUGCUCCAUCUUUAUAAAAUAUAAAAACACUUGUCAAAAAAUGAUUUAUAUUGAAUAUUAUUUUUCUCAGUAGUACAUUGCGGGUGGUUUAUUAAAAAGGUCUUUAUUGUCCAUGAGAACGGGGGACUGUAACUUUUUUCUGAAAGGGUGCUGUUCGCGUUAUUUGAUGAAGUAGGAGACGAGUAACAGUGAAACGAGAGGGAGGGAGUAGGGAACGGUAAGCACAGAAAAAAUUGCUUCGAAAAAUAAGACAGCUUGAACAGUCUAAUUUUCUUACAGUCGUCAGUUCUUAUCUCCACCCCAGACGGGUACGAGGCUACCCCCUGGUUUCCUUCCGCGAUAUUGUUGUCCUUCCUUGCAAUAAUUGUUAUUCUUUUGGCAUUGAAGUUUUCUUUCAGGGCCUGGGAACCUACACUUGAAUUGUCGUGGCUGUAAACUAGCAUUCUGUCGUUUACACGCCUUAUCUAUCAAUUCAAAAAGAGAAAAGUUGAAGGAUAAAACCUGUUUUCCUGUUACAAUAUUAUUUCGUCUCCUUUUAUUCGGAAAAUAUGAGGAUGGACUGAGAGUUCCUGCAGUAAUUUGACAAAUUACCAUGUUUACUCGAAUAAGCGGCGCUUAUUAAAUUUUUCACUCUCAAAUACGGCGCUUAUUCGAGGACAGCAUUUAUUUGAAAGUUGGACGCGACGGAGAAUUGUCUCAACUAUGGUAUUUUUAUUUAAAGUAUAAAACUAACAGAAUCAGCGUCUUUCGAUUUUGAUUGUAUAGUCAUAUUGGGGCCGCGGCGCUUAUUCAAGGGCGGCGGUUAUUCGAUUAAAUACGGUAAUCAGUUGGCAGUUUUUGCUUGAAUCAGCAAUGUACUUAUUACGAUUUUUUUUUGGUGUUUAGAUUGAAAGUGUAGCCACAGAGCUUGAUGGAAGUAAAGCAGGUGAUGUGUUAUGGAGGAGUUUCUGUGACAGCACAGCAGGUUCAUUGUCCACACUAGAGUUGGAGGAUAUAAUGAUUGAUAGUGAGUUUUUUUGUUACUGUUUAAGCGUGUUUACUUUCAAAAUAAGUCCGUAAAAAUAUCAGAUUACACGGAGCCUUGUAUUUUCCUCUCGAGAUUUGCUAUAGUGUGGCUGAUUCGUUAGUUCGUAAUUUACAUUGCGGACAGUGAAAGCGAGACUAAGAAGAGAAGUAUAUGGGCAUUUGAACACACAGUGGAACCUCGCUCUACGGACACCUGUAUCUAAAGUAUGUGCCGACGAAAAGUUCAUCGGACACCGGUUUGAAAACGGACAUUUUCCUGUGUUUCGAGUCAAAAACUCCCAUAUAUCCUCAACCCCUCUUUACAGACGCGGUUUAUCUGUACACUGUCUAUGACUGAAUAUCUUGCAGUGAAAACCUAUCAGAAACGACGAAUGACCUUCAUCGAAGGUUCUGUCUAAUAUUCAGCCCACCUGGCUGAAUCGCAAACUAAAAUCGUUUGUACAAAGUAAAGUCACAGAUUCCAUUGUCGGGUGGUUUGAAAACGUAGUAUGAUAAAUGAUCGUGAGGUUUAUUUAGGAGGAACUCGUUACAGACGUGUCCAUUACGUUUUUUUUCUGCGAGCCUGGUUAAUACGGACACCCGGUGAAUACGGACACUAUAGCGUGUCCCUUUGGUAGCCUGCGUACAUCAAUAGAAAUUGGGAACACAAUGGCGGCCGCGCGUGCGUAGUAAGGUCAUAAAUGGCGGCGGUUUCAAGUAAGGAAAUGUAUGGGAAAAUACAGUCAACCCUCUCCAAGACGGACACUUUUGGGACCGGCACUAACUGUCCGUCUUAUAAAGAGUCAAAUAAAGGGAAUAAGCAAAGGAAGGGACCAAGUCUAGGUGUCCGUUUUACAGAGGUGUCCGUCUUAUAGAGGUGUCCGUUAAGAGAGAGUCGACUGUAUAGUUUUCUCCAGAUUUUUCAAUAUCGAGAUUACGACUCGAAUCCGUUUAAGUGGUUUACGUAAGCAUUGAUUAAGUAAACGUGGAUAUCCUAGGGUAAACAAGGGUAAACGGGGUAAAACGUUGCUAAAUUGGGUUUCACAUGGGUAAACGAGGUGAAACAAGGUCAAUCAGGGGUUAACAUGGGUUCUCGGGAUAUACAGUAAUACAUUUAUAUGGUAAUUACAUGUUUCGGGACGCCUGCUGGGUCUAACAUGGUUCGUUUUCGAGAAGCCAUUUUGUUUGUUGUUAUUCAACCCGCAGUGUUUGACGGCAUAUUCUAGGUCCCAGGACUCCUGAUCAGUAUACCAGGCUAGGUUUAUUUGGAAGUAAAUACGUGGGAAACACGAACUCGAAAACAUUCUGAAAAAUUAUUUCGCUCUACUAAAAUGCGUGAUAUCCUCGAAAAUUACAAAAAGCAGAAAUUAGAUUGGGCUCUGAAAUUAAGCAAUGAGCUUUUUCUUUAUUAUGUGAAACAGCAGGCAGCCUAGCAGCACGAAUUUCUUUUUUUUGUGGGCAUCCCUUUCCGUCGGCUUGGCCGCCAAGCCUGGGACGCCAUGAGUCGUUCAGCCUCAUAAAACCCCAUAGAUUUAACUUUAGUCGUUCUUUUCUACUUAUUUACAUCAUAUAAUAUGUCUGCACUGUUUAAAUUGUGCGCCACAUCGCGUGACAGACAGGCUGCUUUCCGCAUCGAGCCGCAACCUCCGCCAUAUUGAAAUUGUCCUUCUCUAGCGUAAUGUGUACACCGCUGACGAUUAUUCACGCGCUCAAAAUGUCCACGAUUUCUGUCAAUAAGCUGGCGUCGUAAGGGGCACGGGAUUGGGAGGAAGGGAAAAAGGGAAGAGGAUUGGGGAUAGAGGGUAAGGUAUAAAAACGCAAUUAAGUUUGGACCAUGCUGAGAAGCGCCCCCUACUUGUGAUUAGUCGCGUAUUGAUAAAUGGCAUUAUCGGAUUAGUUAAGGAAAUUGGUGGGCGGAAUACAAAAACACCGGCUCUUAUAGUAGGCGCUCCCUUCGCUUUUCCCUUUCGCCCUUUUCUCCCUCACCCCUUCCCCCUCUCCUUUUUCGUCUGCCAAGCAGGCUACCCCUUGGUGUCCGUAUUAACCGAGUUCCAUUAACAUUAAGAGGAAAGACAAGGUCAGGUGGAAUGUUUUCGAGAGAACUAAUUAGAAAAUAAUACAAAGCGUUUGUUACACAAGCGGACUAAUACGCUGGGGAAAGUCCUUACUGAUUAUUGAUGAGAAAUGAUGAUGGAAUUUUCUUCUUGUAUUUAGGUUCUUGUUGUUUAUUAGAUGAUUCAACCCACACUGGUGUGCUGGCGGAAGUCAUUCCUUACCUCAGUAAAGGUUUGUUAUGUCAAUUACAGCUUUUAUUAGGAAAGAGACCACUGCAUUUAAAUACACAACUUAUUUAAAUGAGACGUUCUGGCAAAGCCUGAAAACAAAUUCAGGCUUGUUGCGCGGGAUAAAAUUUUUAAAAAUCCUCCUAUAAAAGUUUCAUUACCUAACUACACAGUGUCUUUAGAAGAGUUAUGAUAACUUCAGUGGUGGGGUUAAAUUAAUGGUUCGGAGCAAUUUUAACUGCAAAAAGGAGGUAUUUUCCUGUGUGAUAGAACUAAAAUGAAUUCAAAGGAGGGGUUGUUUAUUUUAACUCAAAAGUUCGGGAUAAAUAUGGUGUUAAAACAAACCCCCAAAAGGGGUCAUUCUGAACCUAAAAUUUUAACUGCUCUUUUGGAGUUAAAAUGCAUAUUUUGUUGAAAAGUACUGUCUACCAUACAGCUUUUCAGGUCGAUAAAGGGACGUUGUUCUGUUGCGCUAAGGUGCCGCAAAUACUGAAGUAUUUUAUAAGUGCUAAUAAAGGAAAAAUUUUAUUAAGUAGUAAGGAGGAGAGUGGAGAAGGCAGAGUAUAGUGUAGUGCUCCGGCGUGCCAAUAUUACUGAGAAGAGUUGUUAUUUAGCACGGCAAAAGAUAAUGCAUUGGGUAGAGAUUGUUUUUCUUUUAACUCUUUAUUACAGUCAUCCCUCACUGGUCAGGAAAUGUUGCCAAACUUGACAGGAGAGGCGAUAAAGGAGCUCCAAUCCUACUCGUUCUAUCAUCAGCUGCCACUAGAGCUGUGGAUCUUAAUAGGUUAGUAGGAGAUGGGUCUUAGCCAAUCUUUGUUAAGAUCAAUGUUUACAUUUCGCCUUACUGGUAAAUUAACUAAAGCAGUAUAGUGGCGUUCUUUUCUGGAAAAUUUCGUUAUCUACCAUGCUGCCAUGCUGUAGACGUUAAUACCUGUAGACGUGGAUCAUAAGUAAAUCAAACUCUUCUCUGUUGUGAGUAGAGAUAUGGAAAAUAACAUGUAAUACGUGAAGAAAAUACUCGACGGCAGAAGUAAUUGAAUUCAAUGAAAUAAGUUCAUGUGAAAGUACGACGUUUGAAUUUGGAUCAGCUCAGCCCAGCGUUCUUCACGCCUGGGUCAACCGGAAAUACGGGUGUGGACCAGCUUUAAUUCAGACGCCGAACUUAAAAUGAGCCGAACAAAAUGCAUUAAAUUUUUAUAAUGCAGUUUAUCGAAAUGCGUGUUUUUUCCCUUUGAAUUUUGUUCGGCUGGAGUAAAAAUCAGCGUCUGGAUCAAUUCCGGUGGCCGUAAUUAAUUUGAUUCGGCCUAUGUGACAGAAGUACGGCGUCUUAACAGGGUCAGUGCCUUGCAUUUUAUUAUCGCACCUUCGCGACAAAGUUCUAAAGAUAGAAGCGAGUAACUGCAAAUAAAGACUGACGUAUAACGUGAAGAUUUUUUUUGUGUAUAGGUCGGCAGCAGAAUUCAAAGGAAACUGUAAAACUGUUAAAUUAUUUGCCAAGCACAUGAAGGUAAUGAUACUUUUAUCUUCCAGGGAUUUCCAUUUGGGCUGGGCAGGUGAAGGAGGCAGGAAACGAUGGUUUUCGUGAAAACAACAUUCGCCCCUACUUACUAUUAUUCUUGAGUGCUUUCUCGUAGGGACUUGUCAGAAAUUAGCACGGGGGAGGGGAGGUGGAAACAGAGGUAGGGUCGCAACUUUUUGAGACUCAGAAAAGGGAGGGGUCAUGAAAAAUGGACCGUUAAAAGGGGAAGGGUCAUGCAAAUAUAUGCCUGUGAUCAUAUAGAAGUUCACCCAUAGAAGAAAAACGAAAGUUCUUUAUUUUGUAAAAAAACUUGGGAGAAAUAGGAGAGUCGAGUGAUCAGCUGUCAGAAUCAGAGUCGGACUCAUCUAAAAUGUAUGUAUAUGGCAUUACAAAGAACAAAUUAGAAAUAUAUUUUGAGUUUUCCUAAUACUAACUCACUCUAGUGUAUUGCAAGAACUAGAUUUUAUCACUUAUACAAGAGGGUAAGGGUCAUGAUAUUUUAGUUCAAGGUCAAGGGGAGGGUUAGCAAAUUGUACUCCUAUUGCAGGGAUGGGUCACCUCAUUUCCGAACCCAGAUUUAAAAUUCCCACCCCCCCUCCUCCCCUGCUAACUUCUGACAAGUCCUUACGUCACAAUCUUUCGAGUUGAAAUAGGGUUAAACAGUGAGCUUCUCAUGUGAAUCCCCACUUUUUUGUGUGGAUAUUUUGUCAUUUAUUGUCACAAUUGUGCUGAAAUUAGGGGAAUGCCAAUUCCUAGCUUGCAGAACAGGCGUUAUUUUUUCUCGUUUUUUAGGCGUGCGAAAGCACAAAGAAGCGGGCUUGGAGCGCGUGACAACCGCUGCCUCCCCCGUUGCGCGUGUCUCGAGCUCCACGCUCGCCUCGCGCCGCCGUCGUUCGCCUGAAAAACGCGAAAAAAAUAUAAAUAAAAUAACACCUGUUCUGCAGGCUUUUUGCCUACCAAUUCCCCUAUACACAUGCUGAUUUUGUAAAAGGACAAAACCCAAACGCGUAGUUUAGGAACUUUUCCUGAAUGUUAAAACUUUUUCCUGGUAAUCUAUAGCCAAGGACAAUUCAUUGAUGGUUUCCUAAAAUUGGUUAUCGUAUGAAUACAGUAACGCGUAACAAAACUGGAUCAUUACGCUUAGUUUUGAUUUCUGAACAAGUCUUAGUGCGACUUGUUACUUUUUUUUUUCUAACUGCGAAUGUUUGUUAUCACUGAGUUUGUGAGGAAUAUACUAGCUAGUAACUUGAAAAAGGUGACGUUUCUUUCAGAUGUCCGAGCAAGAGUCUUUUCUCGACUCACAUGUGGUUCACUUUGGUAUUGGAACACCAAGUCGCAUACUAAAGCUACUGCAAAAUGGUAAAUGAACUCCACCUUUAACCAUAAGACUUUCGCGUUUGUAAAGACUUUAAUCUUAAUGACUCAUUUGCUCUAAAGCCAUCCGUUUUGUGCAUAGUUAUAAUAGGGAACUUUUGAGCAACCACUUUCCGCUAAAAAUCGUCGUUGCAAAUCGUUCCAUGUAACAUCACCUUUACGGAGAAGCAGUAAUGGAAGAAUCUUCCUUUAUCUUUUUGAACCUGGGUAAAGUCAUUUAAAAGAAUUCAACUCUAGGAAAAAUUACCUACAUAGACAAAUUGAGUGGGUACAAAUAGACGUGAUAAAGUUUGAAAGGACGCAAAUUCAAAUUUUAGCGAAGUUUUCACUGCCGUCGUCGUCGUCGUUGCUUAAGCUCCCUAAUAUAGCGGUUUUCAUUUGAGUGUCGAAAAGUAAUUGGUUUUGCACUUUCUACACGAUGCGAUUGGCUUAAAAGAUUCGCGCCACCUUUUCAUCCAAUCAGAAGUAAGACCAAAGCCAAUUGUGACGCGCUCGCAUGCAUUUUCCCGCGCUUUGCGUCAGCCACAUGUAAUUACUUCGAGUUUUGAUUGGUUCAAUGUAUUGUCUGUGUCCUAUGUGAUUGGCCAGAGUAAUUACUUUGGUUUUGGUUUUACGACACUCAAACGAAAACCACUCUAUAGCAGAUGUUUCGGUUUUAGUAGCCACAAUGACUGAGAUUCUUAUUGGUGAAUAAAAAUUGUUUAUUAUACCCCAAAACAAGUACUCUGUAAAGGAUAUUAUUUUUGUAUUCAUAGACAAAAAAAGGCUUUGUGUAAUUACUUACCAUUGUAUGAGUAUCCAAAGUCCAUCCGAUCCUGAGGAACUCCUCCGCUAAAGAUAUACGAGAUUAGCAGCUUUAGGCCUCCUGGCAUGGUGUGUUUCAAUCCAACCUGGAAUUGGCGGAAAGUUGCUGCGAAUUACAAAAAUUAAAGCUUAUGUGACUUUGAAUUGCUUACUGCAAGGCUUUGGUCUUCUCGCCAACUUGCCCAUCACGCAUUAAAGAAGAUGAACGGGUCUUAAGACCAAACAUCAGGUUUACCAUCACCACCGUUUUUCAAUCCAAAUCCGCUUCAGAUGUUGGUGAAGUUUUCGAAAAAUAUGUUACUCGCCCUCGGCUUGUGAUUUGCAAACUUUUUCCUACAGUCCAUGGAGCAUAUUUUGCCCGGCGAAACAAAACCAACAGAAAGUGCCGUCUAUUGUUUAGCUAGCUCACAGUGUACCUUGUUUUAAUCUAUAGGUACUCUUAAAACAUCAAGGUUAAAAUAUGUAAUACUCGAUUGGACAUGGCGAGAUCAAAAGCUUCGAAGAAUGAUCGAUAUUCCAGAGGUACAGUAAAAUUCAAUAGCUGUUUUCUUAGCGUGUAGUUAUCUGAACAGUAAAUUAGUCCUGAUAACCCUGUACUCGAAAGCUGUUUGUUUUAAGGGCUAGAUACUUGAACAGGAAAUAUGGUUUUAACUGGGUGUUUAAAAGUGGUAUCAUUGAAUACCCCGCUCAGGGUACUGUAGGCCAGUCUUCGUCCAAGCCUUGUGCAAUGCACAGAACCAUGUCUGCAACUCGCCGACUGAGUCUCUUUUUCAUUGCGCUAAAUUCUGGCAAUCGUUAUUUUCUUUUGAGGUUUUACGUUACAACUCUUCCUUCGUUACUUUGAUAUAUGAAAUUAAACUGGCCUUUUUCCAAACAAACCAACAACUUCCUAAAGUAGUUUUGGUGAACACGGUUCUUUUAAGAUGGCUUUCCGUAAGCGUUUUCUUACAUUUUUCCUAUCACUGAGUCUAGGAUACUAAACUAUAUAUAUUUUUCGUUUUUAGGUGAGAGGGGAGCUUAUUAAUCUCCUAAAGGAUUUUGUAUUUCCAUUGGCGAAAGCUUCAAAACUUAAGAUUGGAUUAUUUUAA